AUGGAAACCGAUUAUUUGGUCAAGGGAGGUUAUUGCGAACUGAUUAAGGAGGAGGAUGUGCCUGAUCCUGACAUUACUGGCUGGGGGAUCCUUUCCUCUUUUUGCUUCUCGAUUGUGAUGAACAUGGUGGCCAUAAUCAUAGCAUAUGCGACAAAUGCACUACCUCAGUAUCGGUACAACUCAAUAGACGACAUUGCCCACCGCAAAGGCUCGCCUCCGUGGUCCUACUCGACCUGCCUACCGUGCUACCGACGUACAAUACCGGCAGGUCAUCAAAGCCAAACUACCGCAGACUCUGAUGCCAAGAGAGCGCAACGGAUCCGCGCUUUCGAGUCGUUCAUGUUAUCAAUGAGCGACCAGCAAUUGGUCACUGGUAUGGCCCUCAUGCUGGCUACCUCCUUAAUAUUUGCCGGCGUACAUGGCCUCGAUGAGAGCUUCUCGGUUUACUCGUUUCAGAUUGCGACGAGACUCGGUUACUUCUCCUGUAUUACCCACCUCUGCUCGCUCUCCGUGCUAUGGGAGUACUUUGACGAACACAAACGGCUGCGGACGUUCCGAACCAUCCUGAUGGUUGUCUUCCUCGCCAUGAUGAUUGGUUGUAUGAUCAUCUCGGACUCUGUGACCUUUCGCUUCAACCGUCAUAUUUCAGUCAAAUGCGCCAGGAAGCAUUUCAAGCUGGUUGACCGAGAACGGCCCAACUAUGUCUUCUUUUCUGACGGAGUCAUCAUCAUCUUCAAUCUAUCAGUACUGACGUAUAUCCUUGUGUCUGGCUACGUUCAAAGGAUCCUACAGUUGUUUUGCCCUUCGGCCCGUGAUAAACAAGACUUUUGGCAGCGUCGCUCUUUGCGAUUCCUGUUUGGGCCUGCCGCCGAAGAAGCGUUCAAAGACCUGGCUUUGACCAGGAACAGAACGCUUGCCGGCUAUAUCAAUGUCAACAGACGCCCGUCGUUUUCCGUCAAACACUACCUAACGAUGUUGUCAAUCUGGGUAAAGUUCCUAGAGUCUAGUUUCCUCUGGGAGGUUGUGUGGUUGUUUUUCUACUUCACUUUCGGUACUGCCAAUCUGCUCAAGUUCUUCAACGAUGCAAGUCUGAAGCUCGGCGCGAUCCAGCCGAAUUUUGGACAGCUUGUGCCCCUAUUUCUUCUGGCGCUCCCUUUGAUUACAGCUGCUGAGGCAUAUUCAUCUGCGACGAAAGGAUAUAUGUCUAUCCCAUCUGAUGCUGUGCCUGAGACCUCACCCUCGCCUACAUUGGGGAGUGUCGAUCCGGAUGACAUUCCCCUACAGCCGAAUCCUCAUGUGCCUGGAGCUCAAUCCCCGCAAGGUACUAUCCAUGCUCCAUCAUCGACCGUGCCGGAGACAAUGGCAAUUACGGAACCCAUUCAACUCGCACAAGCACUCGAGAUCUCACCUUGCUGGCUGCUGUUUUUAACGUUGAUUCCAUAUGCGGCGGGGCUUGUACUUUGGGCUCUCAUCUUUGCAGACGCCAUACCCCAUGGCUUCUACCUGUCCAUCGCAGCAUGGGUGAUUGCCUUUGUAGUCGAGGUGGACUCUUCCCUCGGCUAUGGUGAAACAUUCCUCUUUAUUGCCUUCCGCGUGGUUCCCAUGCCGAAAGAAGCCAGGCCCAAAAAUCAAAAUGAGAAGAUGUAG